AAAAUAAAUCAAAGGGAAUAAUCACUGAUUCUCCAGAGCAAUUGUCAAUUUCCGAAAAAAAGAUAGUAAGUGUUUCUACUGAAAUGAAAAAUUCUAGCAUUACUCCCGAACAAAUAGACUUACAGACUGAGGAUGUUUUGACAUCAGAUAUAUCCAAUAAUACUUUAAAUUUUGAUGAUAUUUUCACAAAAGAAAUUUCAUCACUUAAUGAGAGUCAACCCGAUAAGGAGGAAGUUAUUACUUCUGAUUCUAUAACCGGAAUAAAACAUAACUCAACCUAA